AUGAUAAAUACAGUGAGUUUUGAAAUCUGAUUGGCAUGUGAUUUCUAAUUUUGAUAAUUAUGUUUUUAGCCGGAAUCAGUUUCUUGUGAAGAUAAUUUGUUGGAAUGUAUGAUAGAAUUGGAAAAUCGAGAUGCUGUUUUUUGGUGUGGUGAAAAUGUUAAAGGCAAUCUACAUUUGAAAUUAUCUGAUGGAUCAAUUCAAAUCACUUCUCUUCGUUUGUUAUUUCAUGGUUAUGGAAAAAUUUCAUGCAAAGGAAAAGUGAGUGAGAAAUAAUCUCUAAACUUUUUUUGAGAAAUAAUCUCUAAACCUAUUUUUUGGAAAUCGCGGAAUUUUUUUUUGAAAACAUUAUUGGUCCUACAUAUUAUCUUGAAAACAGUUUUUUCCGUUUCUUUUCUGUCUCGAUCUAAAAAUAGUUUAUUUCCGCGAACCACAUGAUACACAAUUUUGAGAGUAUGAAUAUUAGGUUCAAAAAACCAUAUGACCAAUUGUACUCUCUUUCUGAACACCAAAAAACGUUGAGCAAUUUUGCAGAAAGACGAACCACUUCAGGAAUGCAUGACGUACCUCAAAAAAAGUUCCGAUCUAGUUUCGCAAUCGUUUGUUUUGCAACAACAAGAAUAUUCGUUUCCAUUUGAGGUAUUCCAUAAUUAUUUCUAUUUUUAUUCGUUUUUUUUUCUCAAACAGGAAACUUUACCGGAUCAUUUACCCACUUCAGUUUAUUCAACAAAAGGACAUAUUCAGUAUAUUGUACAGUGUACUUUGGAAUAUAAAACCAGCAAUGGUCAACCAUCAAUUGUAAAAGCUAUUCGAGGAAUCACUAUUUGUGAAAGUUUAGAUCUCAAUAAAAUUCCGAAAUCCUGGUUUGAAUCAAAAACCGAGUUCGAACAACGUAAAUUUGGAUGGUUUUCUUGUACGGGUGGACAUAUUCGAUUAAAUGUGACUAUCGAAAGAUGUGCUUUUGUUUGUGGAGAAGCAAUCUCAUUCAUCGGAAAAAUUGAAAAUAAAAGUGAUAGAAGAAUUGAGAAAGUUACAGUAACUCUGGUGAAAUCGAUAAUAUUCGGGGAAACUGAAGGAGAGCAAGUAAAUGAGGUUAAUAUUUUAUAAUUUGUCCAGUUAUAAACUUCGAAUAUUUUCAGAACAUCGUCACUGAUUCUCAAAACGUUCUAGAAGAUUUAUUGGCAAUGUAUAUUGAAGAAGGAUGUUUCAACAAAAUUGUUAAAAAAGUUCACAUACCAUCAACCUCGCCAACAACACCAACAGAUAUUCUUCUUCAACAUCAACCAAGUCAAUCAACUGAUGCCAACAACCGUUUUCUAAACCGAAGAAGAUCACAAAUGGGAAGAUUAUCGUUUUCUUCAAGUGCUGGAAGAGAAAGAACAUCUCUGGGCAACCCAAAUAUUCAACGAAUUCUUCGAAUAAGUUAUGCCUUCAACAUCAAAGUUCGAACCGGUGGAAUCGAUGUUAUCGAUGUGAAUGUUCCAGUUGUGAUUGGAACUGUUCCAAUGACAGAUAGUGUGAAUUCUGGUGAUCCGUGAGUGUUUGAAAUUGAAAAAAAAAAUUGUUUUGAUUGCAAAAUUCAAUUUCAGAAAUGAUCCUUUGGAUAAACCAGUUUUCAACGUUUGCCGACAAGAUAAACCAAUAUCUUUACUUGAUGAAAAAGAACGAACACUUUGUAACAAAGCGCAGGUAUUUUUCAUUGAAAAUAUUUUGUAAAUUCAGAUAGUAAAAAUAAUCAUAAUUUCAAUCGCAAUAGUAAAUUAGAAUUAUCAAAAUCUCUAAUUUUUCAGCUUCAACAUGUCAAUAAAUAUCCAUUUUACGCAACCUUGACAACCUCAUCAAAGCAGAGCAAAAAAUUGAGCGUCAUCGCAAAAACCAUCAAAACUGAAAAUAGUAUAAUGAACACAAUCAAAGGAGUUGUCGAUGAAGACAAGUAUGUUUCCCAUGACCACCCAUAAAAACGUUUUUUUCUCAGAACUACAAUUGAAACUGAUAUCUCUGACUACUAA